AGAAGCUCAGAGAAACCACAUGCUGGACUGAGGGCAGAAUCAUGGUGGUGAAGAAGAAGACAGCCAAAGUAGAGGCUGUUGUUUUGGACGAGGAGAAUCUGCACAAGCUGAUAGCGUCCCUCUCUGUGGAUGGAGAAGAAGAUGGAGUCAAGCUGGUGGCCCGGACCCUUCAGUCCUGUUUGGAGCUGACAGAGCCAGUGCAGCAGAUCCAGCUGGUUAAAAAGGCAGGGUCCCAGCUGGGGGAACUGACUGAAGAGCAGCCUGAUGGAGCUCUGUUACAGAACUGUUUACACACCCUGGCUCUGGUCUACACCUCCCUGCAGUCCAAGAACCCUCUACGACGGGCCAUCGCCAGUACCCUGGGUUCAGUACCAGCCUGGCUUCAGGAGCGCACUGUCGCCUGUCUGUCUGCCUGCCUGUCUGCCUGCCUGUCUGACUGUCUCUCCAGUCCAGCUUCAGACCAGUAUCCACACAUUGUAGACACCAUCGCUGCCUGUGCUGACGGCUUCCCUCUUGGUGAGAGAUGCAUCAGCAAACUGCUGCCAGAAGUGCUGCAGUUCCUUCACAAGAGCCUUAGCAAAUACCUUCACCAGAACAGUGGUCUUGCAGGCCGUCACAUAGCUCAGGCCCAGCUGAUGCAUCACUGUCUGACAGCAGUGAAGACGUCCAUGCUGGUGAUUCAGAGAUCUCAGGAGGCUGUCAGUGCAUCACUGCAGGCCACCCAGGAUGGCUGCAGGCUGGAGGACACACUGAGCAGCCUGCUGAGCUGCUGCAUACACAUCCUCACUGAUGAGGAGUUCAUUCAGGCGGUCCAGAGCACCGCCGGCAUGGCUGUAGUCUUGUUGAUCAGGUCUGUCAUGGGCUCCGGAGACGAAAUCGCUUCUGUGGUGUGCAGUUUGCUGUGUGGCUCAACGCAGGGUUUGGGCUCGGCCCCUCAGUGGCUCAGGCAGAGGUGUGAAGGUCUGUGUAGCAGCAGUCGCCCGCCGGGUGUCUCUCUGUAUCUGUGUCACGGGGCUCUGGCCAUGUUGAGCUGGAAGGGCAACCUGCCGGGGCCACAGUGGGAGAAACUAUUGCUGCUGGUCCCAAACACGCUGCUGGAUUUAGAUGUCAGUAUAAAGGAGUCCAGUACAGCCAUGGUGGUGGCUCGGGUGCUGACCCUGUGGAGCGGAGCUGCCCUGGACUGCCUGCAGGGGGAGUCACAGCGUUGCCCUCCCAGCCUCCAGCAGUCCCUCAGCGGAGGCUCUGACCUACAGCGACACCUGCUGGAGCACAUCUACUCCCACUGGGAGCACCCGCUAGACGGAGUCCGCCACCAAACCCGCUCUCUGUUCCGCAACCUCCUCCUCCUCCAUCAGCACGCCAACCUGUCCGACUCCCACCCGGCCGAUGACCCUUACGUCACAGAGCUCACCCAGAGCCUGUUGGGGCUGGAGUGGCACAUGAGGGGGAAGUACGGCUCCUUAGGCUGCCUGGUGGAGCUGUACGGGGCAGGGCAUCUGCUCCAGAUCCAGCCUCAGCUUCCUUCUUGUCUCCUGGGAUUAAUGGGUGAUCAGAACCUGGCUCCGUACGCCAGUGACUUGCUGGAGAGGCUGUUUGUGAGCCACAAGGCGCAGCUGGCUACUCAAGCCAGCGCAGCAGGAGAGACCGCCACAGAGGACUGGAUGGAGCUCUGGCAUCAAACGUGGGUCACCCCCUUGCUGCAGGUGCUGUGCCGUGCCAGACUGGACCAGACCACCUACAUCCUGGACUAUUUCCUGCCCAAGCUACUUCGCUGCAGCCCCUCCAGUCUGGCACACAUGGUGCAGGCCUUACAGGACACACCGCCAUGUAGCACAGGUCCUUCAGGCAGCAGGGGUGCACUAGGAGCUCUGAUGACAUGCCUGCGUGCGGCCCGGGCUCAGGGUGUUGUAUCGUCCUCAGAGGAAGGUCUGUGGGGAGGACUGGUGCCUCUCUCCCUGCUCCACCAAGCACUGGUGCACAAACAUGAUCAAGUGAGGAUGGAUGCUUUAGGUUUGCUGUGUGAGAGCCACCGCAGCACAGAGGCUCUGAGCUCACGGGAAAUGGACCUCAUCCGCCACUUCCUGCUGCCGAAUCUCAACAGCCAAUCAGCGGGCGUCAGACAGCAGACGGUCAGCCUGAUGAAGAAGUUGCUUUGCAGAGUGAAGGACAACACUCAGCUGCUGCAGAAGAGACGCAGCCAGGAGAGAGAGCAGGAGCCGAGAGACAGAGACCAGCACUCGCUAAAUCUGUACAAGGAGUUCCUGCGCUGGCUGUGUGUGAGGCUGUUGGAGGUUUUACUUCCCGGAGCCUCCUUCUCUAAAUGCCUCAUGUCCCUCCAACUGCUGGGUCUACUGGGCCAGCUCUUCACCUUCAGCACUGGGUCUGAUGGGUUUGCUCUGGGUGAGGUUGUGACCUCUGCACACGCUCAGAACGUCCUCUACUGUGUAGCCAGCAAUUUCCUGGAAGUCAAACAGCUGGCCUCGACGUUGCUACGGCAACUCCCCCCAUCAGCUGUGGGACUGCAGGAGCCAGAGAGGAUGCGUUGCGUUCUUCAGGCUGCUCUGGACCUCAGCAGCAGCACCAAACCCUUUGACAGCGUGACAGCAGCCCACCUGCUCGACCUGCUGCUCCACCAGCCGGAUCUGAGCCAGGCACUGCUACACUGCGCCCAGGAGCAAGGCCUCGAUUUCCAGUCUCCGUCCUUACCGUCUCAGGCCUCUGAGACCCUCACCUUGGAGCUCAACACUCUGGCUGUGAUUCAGUUCUUGCUGCGCUGUCUGCAGUCAGAGGUUUCGAGGGCUGAGUCGUCUCUCCUGCAGGCAGCUGCUUCCUAUCCUCUCUACGGCAGAGCUCACUGCAUCACUGCUGUCCUGCAGCAUCUACACACAGAGAGUUUGACCCACACUGAGCAGUGGAGGAGUCUGGUGUCGGAGCUGAUUGAGAUAUGCUACAGGAUGUCUGAUGUGGUCUCGCCUGUAGUUCAGAGCUCCUCCCCAGAAGGACUGAUCCCCAUGGAUACUGACUCAGACACGUCAGCAGGACUGCAGAAGAUCCUACAGGAGAUCCAGCCCAGGGACACCAAUGAUUUCUUCAACAGUGCCAGAGAGCUGGACACACAUGAGGGAGAUGAUCACACACAAACCCAGACCACACACACGCCAUCACUAGAUAGAGGCGGUGAGGGCUACAGGGUGACAGCCCAGAUGGUGCUGGUAUGCUGCUGGCGGAGCAUGAAGGAAGUGGCCAUGCUGCUGGGACAGCUGUGUCAGAGCCUGCCUCUGCACUACACCAAGAACGAUGUGCGCACACACCCGGGCCUCAUCACGGAGGAACAGGUGGAGGGUGUAGGCCUGUACUUCCGUCAGCAGCUCCUGCAGUCCCGUCACCGUGGCGCCUUUGAACUGGCUUAUGUGGGCUUUGUACGCCUCACCGACAUGCUGUGCAGGAGUGGCAGCCAGGCCCUGCAGCAGCUUCCGGCCCGUUGGCUGUCGGAGGUUCUGGAAGAGGUCAAAUCCAGCGAUCCGUCAUCCAAACUGUGUGCCACACGACGCAGCGCUGGAAUCCCCUUUUACAUUCAGGCUCUGCUCUCCUCUGAGCCCAAGUCGUCCAGUUGCAGCCUGCUGAAGAUGACCAUGAGACAGCUGAUCGCCCUGGCCAUGCCCUCCGCCGACAGGAACACCGACAGCUCCACCGUGCCUCAGGUCCACGCUCUGAACAUCCUGCGAGCUCUGUACAGGGACACCCGUCUAGGGGAAAACAUCAUCCCCUUCGUCUCCGAUGGAAUGCAGGCCGCCGUACUCGGCUUCACCUCUCCUGUCUGGGCUGUGAGGAACUCCUCCACUCUCCUCUUCAGCACUCUGAUCACAAGGAUCUUUGGAGUGAAGAAAGGGAAGGACGAACACUCGAAAAAAAACAGGAUGACGGGCCGAGAGUUUUUCACUCGUUUCCCAGCUCUCUACCCGUUCCUUCUGAGCCAGCUGGAAGAAGCAGCCGCCACUGUGGAAAGUGACAGCGGUCAGGUGAAGCUUCACCCUAGUCUGUUCCUGUUGCUGCUGGUUCUCAGUCGGCUCUACCCCUCUCCUAUGGAUGGGUCUUCUUCACCUCUGGGACUCGCCCCUUUCAUGCCCUUCAUCAUCAGAUGUGGUCGUUCGGCGGUGUACCGGACCAGAGAGAUGGCAGCUCGUGCCUUGGUUCCCUUCGUCUUGGUCACUCAGGUCCCAUCCACUGUUCACUCCAUACUACAGGAACUUCCUCCAGAGCCUGGACCCAAAAUCCAACACAAUCACAUCCACGGGACUCUGCUGCAGGUGCUGUUUCUACUGCGCUCCUACCAGACUGACUCACACAGACCCCUGCCAGCAGGAAAUGGCAUCGGCAAAGCCCUCCGUCAGCGCAUGUGGCUCGCCUCUCGACAGAAUAGCUGUGUGGUGACCAGAGGAGCCUUUCUGGAUGUCUUGGUCUGCCUGUGUGGGCCGAAGAUCAGUCUCCUGGAAGAUUCAGAGGUCAGCGAACUUCGUCGGGAUUCUCUGUCCGUCCUCGUGUCAUCAGACCUGGUCGCACCCGACGCCUCCUCAGCCGCCCUGGGGCCCGGCAGCACCCAGUACCUGCUCAGCCUGGCUCGGGUGGCCCUCAGCGCCAGCGUGGAGAUCCCCGAGCUCUGGGGUGGCCCUCAGCUCACGACCCAGCUCUUGCCUUGUCUGCUGCAAUGCUCGCAGUACGAGGUGCGGGAGCUGGCGCUGGAAGGAGUCCUGAGGAGACUGCAGGAGGAAGAAGAAGGGUGGCUGGACGAGACCACCCUGUCUAACCUGACCAGCCUGGCUCUUCGUGAGACACACCCCCCAUGUCUGGCCAAGGUCCUGCAGGUGUUGUGUGUGUUGACUUCUAGCAGUGAGCUCCUCUGGAGGGACGGUCCUCAGAUUUUGUCCAAAGAGGAGGUCCUGCUGCACCUCCUCACUCUGGCUCAGAGCUCUGUUCACAGUGUUGAGCUCCACUGUGCUGCUUUGACCCUGGCUUCUCAACUGGUGGUUCAGCUGGUGAACUCUGACCCUAAGGGUGCGAGUGCAGUGGCUUUCCUAUCUCAGUGGGGGGCGCUGGUGUGCGAGUGCUGCAGCGAGGAGCAGCCGGUGGAGGUGAAGCUGAUGGCCGCCAAGGUGCUGGUCAACUGUACGGACACUAUGCUGACUAGCUGUGACCUGCCGCUGGGUCUGGCCAGCACAGUCUCUCUAUGGAGGAGUGUGUUCACGCUGCUACAGGAUGAAGACCAGGAAGUCAGAGAUUCGGCAUCUGAUUUCAUCUCUAAUGUUCCACUUCAUCUGCUCAGUACAGAUGUGGCAGGUGUGUCCGUGUGUCCUCCGGUAGCUCUGGACUUGGGCGUGGGGCUCCUGUGUCGGCUGUUUGAGAUGUGGCAGCAGGUACCAGCGGGUGUCCUCGCUCUGACGGAGUGGCUGCUGGGAGAGGACGAAGGAAACGAGGAGGCAGGUGCAGACGAAGCAUCCGGUCUGGAUGAAGAGGACUUCCUGUUCGAGAAGGGCGAUCUGAACCUUUGGGCCGAGCCUGUCCAGUGGGUGAAGCUGCUUCACAGUCACCUCAGCUCCCUCAUCCUAGCCUACAAGCAGACCCCAGACUCAAAAACUGCAGAGCAGGACCAGCUCCACCAGAUCCACACACUGUCAGCACAAGCUAAAGCUAAAGCCCUUAUCUCCCAGCAGGCCCUGGACUCCCUCCCUGGCCUCCCCCAGUUCUCCUGCACCAUGGAGCACGCCCGACUGGUGUUGCGACAGCAAAAAGCCGAUCUGGCUCUGGAUGUGCUGCAGAGGCUCAGGUAGAGGUCAGCAGGCUUUUGGUUCAGGUAGCACCAAUUGUUUCAAGUAAGAGCUCCUCAUAUUUCAAUAGAGGAAAAAGUUAUCAGAUAAAUGAAAAAGUUCAGUGAACCAACACAGACUGGCUUUGUGGUCGAGUCUUUUUAUUAUCACGCUAAGGGAAUGAAGGAAUGAACUGGGGUUUUUUUUACUCUGUACUCGCCUUUACUGUAAGUCUUACAAUGUUACACUCAUUGAUCCAGAUGUAUUUUAAUUUGUAUGUCUUUUGAAUUAAAUAUUAUGUCUGAAAUGAU